GCAUAGAAGAAAACAAAGUAAAAAGCAAACGAAAACAAAGAGCAAAGCAACGCAAAGAAAAUGUCUGGCACGCCAUCGAAGGACACAGCGACUAAGACUAAAGAAACGGUUAACGAGGCACCAACAGCCACGCCCACGGCCCCAACUACCACAGCAACAACAACAAAGACAACAAUAACAUCAAAGACAAGUUUAACAUCCAAUGCGGCUUUGUCAUUGUUUGAUCAGCUGAAAAACGGCGUCAAUUCGAGCAGUUUUACAGGAACUGCCUCACCCUCGGCACGUCCCUCGGGAUUCUCGUUCGCCCCGCCCGCCGCUCGAGUCACACCAAAGGCGUCCUUCAAUACGCCCACGCGGCUGCUGCUGCUCCCGCCCACAAGCGGUAGCAUAGGCAUUGUGCAGGGCACGAAACGGGGCAGGGAAGCAACAAUUGCAACAAGCAACAAUACGACGAAACCCAAGCAAACAGCAUCGGCAGAAGAUAAAUUGGAUAUCAAUGCAUUGCGAUCUCAGCUCUAUCAAGGCGCCAGAAAGACUGCAACAACAACAACAACAACAACAACAUCAACAACAACAUCAACAACAAUAGUUCAGCUAAGUGGCCUUAAAACAAACGCCCCCUUACUUUCCAUGCAUCCAACUGUCCCGCUCUUUUCCCUGCUCUGUAUUCCUCCGCCUCCUGCUCUGCCGCCGCUCCUUAGAGCCCUCAAGCUGCGUAUUAAGUCGUAA